AUGGACGGCAUACGAGAUCUCAGAGCAACUUUGGCUUUUUUUGAAGAGUUUGGAUUCGAAGAAAAAGUUUUCGGAAAUGUCAAGUACUUGAAUUUCAUGCGAUAUUCUCAUCUCGGCCAUUUCUCCGCACUGGAAGCUGAAGAACUCCGUCGCCUCUGGGUAGCCUUCGAACCGUCUCAUUUAUGCUUUAGUGCGCCCCGAACAGGUCACUGGAUCACAGGAUUACGACUUAUGAAGGAAGAAAUCAAGCUCGAGAAUGUACAAUCAAUCACUUGGCACGAUGCCGAUUCUGGCGUCUGUAUCAGCAACACCGAUGCCUUACUGCAAAGAGUCUUCGUCAAGCGUACCAGCGUUCUAAAGUUUAUCUCUGUUGAGGAUCAUCGACCAGCGAACGAGAUUCGACGCAACAAGAUCGAGGUCAUGAAGUGGAAGGGCGACGAUCCAAAAGUGGUGUUAUGGAAUCCGGACGACGGUAACCAAACAUGGGAUGAGGGAGAGAAUCUCAGUAUCUUCAGCGCUGGCGAGGGUGAUCCUUGCAUUUGUUGUGGCAAACGAUAG